AUGUCCGUGUUGCAUUUACCACAAGAUCUUGAAGAUACUUUACGUGUGACAUCAUCACCAUCAUCUGCUAUACCAUCAUCAAUACUAUCAUUAAUAAAUGACAUAUCCCAAGAUUUAAACAAUAUUGACAAAUGGAACCAAUUAUUCAAACAAUUUCAAUAUCAAAUAAAUCAAUAUGAAGAUCCUACUAAAACUCCUAAAGAAUUAAAAGAAAUAAUUUAUCAAAAUUAUGAGAAAUUAUUAUCAAGAUAUCCAUAUCUUGAAACCAUUUGGGAAGAUUGGUCAAAUUUAGAAUUGUCUAUAAAUGGAAAUGAAUCCUAUCAAAACAUUUUAAGAAUGUCAAUUGAAAAUUAUCCAAAUUCGAUUAAAUUAUGGACAAAUUAUUUAAAAACAAUGAUUGAAACAAAUAAAGAUAAUGUUGAAUUAAUUAGAGGAUUAUAUAAACAAGCAUUAAUUCAAAAUGAAUAUGAUUUUAAUUCUCAUGAACUUUGGAAUUUAAUUAUUGAAUUCGAAACUAAAUUAAAAGAUGAUUCAAUUGAAUUAUGUGAAUUAUAUAUAAGAGUAUUGAAAGUUCCAUUAUAUCAUUAUUCUCAAUAUUAUAAUCAAUUCACUGAAUUGAACAAGAAAUUCAAUAUUGAAUUGAUUAUUCCUAAAGAUGAAUUGAUUAAUUAUUAUAAAGAAUUUGGAUAUGUUGAUAAUUAUGAUAAAGUAUCCAUGAUUGAAAAAUAUCAAAUUGUUGAUAAUUAUCUUUCAAAUAUAUUUAAUAAAACUCAAGAGAAAGUUAAUUCCAAUUGGCAAUUUGAAUCAUUAUUUGAAUAUACUAAAUUUGAUUUGAAAACACAACAAGAGAUUAAAAAUGAAAAAGAAUCAUGGAUUAAAUAUAUUGAUCAAGAAAUUAAUAUUUAUAAACAAUCAGAUCAUUCAAAAGAAGAGUUUAAUUUAAUUUGUAAUUUAUUUGAAAGAUCAUUGGUUCCUAAUUGUUUUGAUUGUGAAUUAUGGUUGAAAUAUAUUAAUUUCAUUAAAGAACUGAAUCAAGAUGAUGAUGAUGAUGAUGAAAAAAUGAAUAAAAUUAAAGAUAUUUAUAUUCGAAUAAAUUCAAAAUUAAUUCCAUUGGAUGAAACUAUAACAAGAUUUAAUUAUGUUUAUUUCUUGAAAGAAUUGAAAGAAUUUAAUCAAAGUAAUGAAUAUUUAAUUAAUUGGAUUAAAUUAUAUUCUGGUGGGAAUUCGAAAACUUAUUAUAAAUUACCAUAUCUUAAAACAUUUAAAGAAUUGAUUAAAUUAUGGGAAGAAUUAAUAUCAAGAAAGAAAUUAAUAUCAAAUUAUGAAUUUGUAAUCAAUCAAUAUUUCAAUACUCAUGAUAAAUUGCCCAAAAAGGAAGAAGACCAAUCAUCAACAUCAACAUCAAACGACGACAACAACAACGAAAAUGAUGAUAAACUUGAACUUUCUAAAUCAUUAAUCACCCUGAUUAUAAAUUUUAUAAAUGAUGAAUCAAUUUGUUUAAUUGUUGUAUCAUAUUUAAAUCAAUUAUUAAAACAAAAUGAUAUUUCUACCAUUAGAUCUUUUUUUAAUAAAUUUCAUUCAUUUAAUUGCUUUAAAAAAUCAACUCAAUUUUGGAGAUUUUAUUUCAAUUUAGAAUCAUCUUCAUCAAUUGGUGGUAAUUUAUCAAAUUUAAAACUUAUCAUGAAUUAUAUCAAAUAUCUGACCCAAUUACCUAAACUGAUUAUUGAUGCAUUUAUUGAAUUAAAUUAUAAAAUAUGUGGUGAUAAUAUAAAAGAAUAUCUUCAAUUAAAUAACGGUAUUUCUGAUGAUACUUUAAUCAGAAAGGAUUUAGAUACUUGUAAUUCAAUUUUUUAUAAUAAAACUACCAUUAAGAGACAAGCUAGAAAUAAUUACAUCAUUGCUAAUAUUAAUCACAAUGGUAACAAUAUAACUCCUACAUCAUCAUCGUCAUCAUCAUCAAUAAAUAUAACAACAGGAAGCAAACCAAAGAAAAGAGUAACAACAAAUGAAGAUGAGUUUUUAAGUUUAUCAUCAAAACAUAUUGGACAUCCAGGAAUAUUUGUUGAUGCUAUACCUCAAAUUACAAAUAAAAUAAUGGGAACUGAUAUUGAUUUAACCAAUUCAAAUUUAACUAUACCUCCAUUACCUUUAUUUAGAAAUGUUGAAAAAGCAUCUCUACCUAUUAAAUAUCCACCAAAAAAUUAA